CGGUAAAUCAAGGCGAUCCAUCGAUUUCCAUUUUCGCUCGGGCGCAGACGGGUGGCCGCUUUUUUUCUGUCGCUACGGGGAAAAAAAAAACAAGCUAUUUCACCGAGUCACCUUGUUCACAUUUUGUACUUUACAUAUCCAUACGGCGGAGGAUACCGCUAUAAUGGGUGUUUUCCACGGAAGAGGGCAUGGUAGCAGUUUACGUGUGUGCAGAUUCUGAUUAAAAACCACCAACAACACAUCCUGACGCCGCAAGCUAACGUUAUUUCUCCCCACUGUCCGGUGGUGCCGCCUUGGAUAGAGUCGUCAAACGAGGAAUAUAAAAGCAGUCGUACUUGGGAGUCCGACCUGAGCAGCAAGAAUGUCUGGGGCGUCUGUAAAAGUUGCUGUUCGAGUCCGACCCUUCAACUCCAGGGAAACGAGCAAGGAGUCAAAAUGCAUCAUUCAGAUGCAAGGCAACACUACAACUAUCCUGAACCCCAAAGCCCCCAAAGAACCAGCAAAAACCUUCAGCUUCGAUUACUCCUACUGGUCACACACCACGCCAGAAGACCCCUGCUUUGCGUCACAGAACCGAGUGUACAACGACAUCGGAAAGGAAAUGCUAGAGCAUGCGUUCGAGGGCUACAACGUCUGCAUCUUUGCCUACGGCCAGACUGGAGCUGGCAAAUCCUACACCAUGAUGGGCAAGCAGGAGGAGGGACAGGAAGGAAUCAUUCCCAUGCUUUGUGAAGAUCUAUUUGAGAAGAUCAAUGAAGACUGCAACAAAGAGGAGCUGUCCUACUCAGUGGAGGUGAGUUACAUGGAGAUCUACUGUGAACGGGUGCGAGAUUUGCUCAAUCCUAAGAACAAAGGGAACCUGAGGGUGAGAGAGCAUCCUCUGCUGGGUCCCUAUGUGGAGGACCUGUCCAAGCUAGCUGUCACAUCCUACACAGACAUUGCUGAUUUAAUGGAUGCAGGAAACAAAGCAAGAACUGUUGCUGCUACCAACAUGAACGAGACCAGCAGCAGGUCCCAUGCGGUUUUCACCAUCGUCUUCACACAGAAGAAACACGACAGCGAGACGGACCUCACCACGGAAAAGGUCAGUAAAAUUAGUCUGGUAGACUUGGCAGGAAGUGAACGUGCAGAUUCCACUGGAGCCAAAGGUACCAGACUAAAGGAGGGAGCAAAUAUCAACAAAUCUCUCACCACAUUAGGGAAGGUCAUCUCUGCCUUGGCUGAAGUGGAUAACUGUACCAGCAAGAGCAAGAAAAAGAAAAAGACGGACUUCAUCCCUUACAGAGAUUCUGUUCUGACCUGGCUGCUGAGGGAGAACCUCGGUGGUAAUUCAAGAACAGCCAUGGUAGCUGCCCUCAGUCCUGCAGAUAUCAACUACGAUGAAACGCUCAGUACACUUCGCUACGCUGACCGAGCCAAGAACAUCAAAUGCAACGCUGUUAUCAAUGAGGAUCCCAACAAUAAGUUGGUGCGUGAGCUGAAGGACGAAGUGGCCCGACUGAAGGAGCUGCUCCGCGCUCAGGGCCUGGGAGACAUCCUGGACAUUGAUCCAAUGGGGGAUGAUUACCCAGGAAGUGGAAUCAAAUGUGACACUGCUCAAAGCUUUAGAAUGGCACUUCUGAGUUCUCAAAGCGAGGCUCAGAUCUACAUUCGGAAAGACCUCAAAGACAUUCAGAACAAUAAGAAUAGAUACUUGAUAGCCUCAGAGAACCAACGCCCUGGCCAUUUCUCCACAGCCCCUAUUGGUUCCCUGACAGCUUCUCCGUCCUCUGGCGCAUUGUGCAACCAGGGGGGUCUUCAGUUGGUCACCAGCAUCCAGGAACGCAUCAUGUCCACCCCUGGAGGAGAGGAGGCCAUUGAAAGACUCAAGGAAUCAGAAAAGAUCAUUGCUGAGCUCAAUGAAACCUGGGAGGAGAAACUACGGAAGACUGAAGCAAUCCGCAUGGAGAGGGAGGCUCUGCUUGCAGAGAUGGGCGUGGCAAUCCGUGAAGACGGAGGCACUUUGGGCGUGUUCUCUCCUAAAAAGACUCCACACCUGGUCAACCUGAACGAGGAUCCUCUAAUGUCUGAGUGUCUGCUCUACUAUAUCAAAGAUGGGAUUACAAGGGUCGGUCAGGCUGACGCUGAGCGGAGGCAGGACAUCGUUCUAAGUGGAGCUCACAUCAAGGAAGAACACUGCAUCUUCCGAAGCGAAAGAAAUGGCAACGGAGAUGUUAUUGUCAUGCUGGUGCCAUGUGAGGGAUCUGAAACCUACGUCAAUGGCAAACGUGUUGAGGAAGCAAUCCAGCUUCGUUCAGGCAACCGCAUCAUCAUGGGAAAGAACCACGUGUUCCGCUUUAACCACCCGGAGCAGGCUCGAGCCGAACGGGAGAAGACGCCGACCGCUGAGACCCCCGUCGAGCCCGUGGACUGGACGUUUGCUCAGCGAGAGCUCCUGGAGAAACAGGGCAUCGACAUGAAGCAGGAAAUGGAGAAAAGGCUCACCGAGAUGGAAAUUUUGUACAAGAAGGAGAAGGAAGAAGCAGACCAGCUUCUGGAGCAACAGCGACUGGUUUACGAGAGCAAACUGCAGGAGCUCCAGAAGCAGGUGGAGACGCGCUCUCUGGUCGCAGAGACGCCCGACGAGGCAGAGCUGGAGGAGGAGGAAGAGGAGGAAGUUUUAAGUCCAGCUGCUGUUGUGCCGUGGACGCAGCACGAGUUCGAGCUGGCUCAGUGGGCCUUCAGGAAGUGGAGGUACCAUCAGUUCACCUCCCUGCGUGACCAGCUGUGGGGGAACGCCGUGUACCUGAAGGAGGCCAACGCCAUCAGUGUGGAGCUGAAGAAAAAAGUCCAGUUCCAGUUCGUCCUGCUGACGGACACGCUGUACUCUCCGCUGCCCCCUGAACUCCUGCCCCCAGAGCCGGAGAAGGAACGCGACCCGAGGCCCUUCCCUCGCACCGUGGUCGCUGUCGAGGUUCAGGACCUGAAGAACGGAGCUACACACUACUGGUCCCUGGAGAAACUCAAGCAGAGGCUGGAGCAGAUGAGGGAGAUGUACGACCGCGCUGGAGAAAUGGCCUCCGCUCACCAGGAUGGCGAUGGAGAGGGAACUCUGACGGGAAACGACCCGUUCUACGACCGUUUCCACUGGUUUAAGCUCGUGGGGAGCAGCUCUCCCAUCUUCAACGGCUGCGUCAACGAGCACCUGGCCGACCGAACGCCCUCGCCCACGUUCUCCACCUCCGACUCGGAGAUCACCGAGCUGGCGGACGAGCGCCAGAGCGAGAUGUCGGACUUCAUAGACGACGAGGCGUUUGUGGACGACACGAGCUCGGACGCGGGCACCGAAGAGGGCUCGGACAUCUUCAGCGACGGGCAGGACCCCUUCUACGACCGCUCCCCCUGGUUCAUCCUGGUGGGAAGAGCCUUUGUGUACCUGAGCAACCUGCUGUAUCCUGUGCCGCUUGUUCACCGGGUUGCCAUAGUUACAGAAAAGGGCGAGGUGCGAGGCUUCCUGCGCGUGGGGGUCCAGGCUAUAGCUGCUGACGAGGAGGCUCCAGAUUACGGGUCCGGGGUUAGACAGUCGGGGACUGCCAAGAUUUCUUUUGAUGAUGAAUACUUCAAAAAGAAUGACUUUCCCUCUACGGUCAUGACCCGGUCCGGCUUGUCCCUGGAGGAACUGCGCAUCGUGGAGGGUCAGGGUCAGAGCUCAGAGGUCAUCACACCCUCCGAGGAGCUCAACAGAAUCAACGACAUGGACCUGAAGCUGGGCAACGUCCCAGAUGCCAAGCUGAGUCACAGUGAGGGUCUGGCAGGCCAGCUGGAGGUGGGGAGCAUCUUCACCUUCCGCGUGACCGUCCUCCAGGCCAGUGGCGUCCCACCUGAGUACGCCGACAUCUUUUGCCAGUUCAACUUUCUCCAUCGCCACGACGAGGCUUUCUCCACCGAGCCGCUGAAGAACACCGGCAAAGGAGCUCCGCUGGGUUUCUACCACGUCCAGAACGUUUCAGUGGAGGUCACGGAGUCUUUUAUUGAGUACAUUAAGAACAAGCCCAUCGUGUUUGAGGUGUUCGGCCACUAUCAGCAGCACCCGCUGCACAUCCACGGCCAGGACCUGAUCAGUCCUCCAACACCGUCACGGAAAUACUACCCCAUCCCCAUGCCUCUGUCCAAACCAGACCACACCCGUAAGAUCGAGUUGAUCCGCUACCUCGUGAGCGGCUAUGUUAACGGCAAAGUGCUGGACACGUUAUCCGAGCACGCCAACGCCCUCGCCUCCUCCGCCGUGGCCAGCCUGGAGGACGAGGCUGACCAGCUCUCGCACUUCCCCUUCCUCUCAGCGCUCCACGACCCCGUGUUCACUGUGCCUAAGCACCACGUUCCAGCCACCAAGCUGAACACCAUCACCAAGUCGAACCUGGGCCAGUGCGUCAGCAAGUACGACCUGCUCGUCUGGUUCGAGAUAAGCGAGCUGGAGCCGACUGGAGAGUACAUCCCGGCUAUCGUGGAUCACAGUGCCGGAUUGCCCUGCCACGGCACCUACCUUCUGCACCAGGGGAUCCAGCGGAGGAUCACAGUGACUCUUAUACACGAGAAGGGCAGCGAGCUCCACUGGAAGGAUGUUCGUGAGCUGGUUGUAGGUCGUAUCAGGAACAAGGCCGAGGUGGACGACAGCGCAGCCGACGCCGUCCUGUCCCUAAACAUCAUUUCUGCCAAGAACAUCAAGUCAUCCCACAACACUAACAGGCUUUCUAUUGAUAAGGAUAUUGAUAGAACGUUCUACCGUUUUGAAGCUGUGUGGGACAGCUCGCUGCACAACUCCCUCCUGCUGAAUCGAGUCACUCCGUACGGAGAGAAGAUCUACAUGACUCUGUCUGCAUAUCUGGAGCUGGACCACUGCAUCCAGCCCGCCAUCAUCACCAAAGACAUCUGCAUGGUGUUCUACUCCCGGGACGCCAAGAUCUCCCCGCCGCGUUCUCUCAGGAACCUCUUUGGGAGUGGGUACUCCAAAACUCCUGACUGCAAUCGCGUCACCGGCAUCUAUGAGCUCAGCCUGUGCAAGAUGUCUGACACCGGAAGCCCUGGGAUGCAGCGGAGGAGGAGGAAGGUUCUGGACACUUCCGUGGCCUACGUGCGAGGGGAGGAGAACCUGGCCGGAUGGAGGCCCAGAGGGGACAGUUUGAUCCUGGAGCACCAGUGGGAGCUGGAGAAACUCGAGCAGCUGCAUGAGGUGGAGAAGACCCGUCACCUCCUCCUACUGAGGGAGAAGCUGGGAGAGGCGCCUCCGGUGGGAACGGCUCCCACCGCCAAGUCCUUGAGCGAGUCUCUGUCCCCCAGCAUGAGCUCGGGGACGCUGUCCACCUCCACCUCCAUCUCCUCGCAGAUCUCCAGCGCCACUUGCGAGAGCGCCAUCACGCCCAGCGAGAGCAGCGGCUACGACUCGGCGGACAUCGAGAGCCUGGUGGACCGCGAGAAGGAGCUCGCCUCCAAGUGUCUGCGCCUGCUGACCCACACCUUCAACAGCGACUACAGCCAGGUGGUGAACAGCAUCAGCGACUGCAAGCUGUCUGACAUCUCGCCCAUCGGACGAGACCCAUCGGUGACCAGCUUAAGCAGCGCCACCCUCACGCCGUCCUCCACCUGCCCCUCCCUGGCUGACUCCCGCUGCAGCUCCUUAGACCAAAAGACCCCAGAGAACAACUCCCGUGCCUCCAGUCCUUCCUGCUCGGACUACGAGAACUUCCCGAUGGUUCCCACUCUGGAGAUGUCCUACCUUGCUCGGGCUGGAAAGAACGAGUUCUUAAACUUGGUGCCUGAUAUCGAGGAAAUGAGGCCUGGGUCUGUGGUGUCUAAGAAAGGUUUCCUCAGCUUCAUGGAGCCGCGCUCCAACACGUGGGUGAAGCACUUUGUGGUCGUUCGCCGCCCGUACGUCUUCAUCUACAACAGCGACAAGGACCCGGUGGAGCGAGGCGUCCUCAACCUCUCCACGGCGCAGGUGGAAUACAGCGAAGACCAGCAGGCCAUGCUCAAGACUCCCAACACGUUUGCGGUGUGCACAAAGCAUCGAGGAAUCCUUCUGCAGGCCAACAAUGAGAAAGACAUGAACGACUGGCUGUACGCCUUCAACCCUCUGCUGGCAGGGACGAUAAGAUCGAAGCUGGCGAGGAGGCGCAGCGGCCUGAUGAAGAACUGAGCGGAGCGGAGGAACCCCCGUGGCUCUCGCUCUCUCUUUGAUCAAACAAAGUGUUAACACUUAUUAAUCAUUGUGAGUCUUAAAAGGUUUCCUCUUGUAAGUAGACUUGUGGCUUAAGUUUCUACUUUUCAUGCGACUAAAAGUUUCAGCUCC